AAGCUGUUCACAAACUCCGGGAAAGCUGUUGGUUGUCCUCCAGUUACCAAAACAAACCUCAAUGGCGGCUGAAUGAGGUGCUGCUGUUUGUAGAUGUGCACUCUUCCGGACAUUUAUUUUACUCCAAAAACUGCAUUUAAAUAAAACAAUGGACGCGGCUGGAGAGGACGAACCGGACCCCAUAAAGCUGAAGUCUGUUAAGGACAAUAAAACUUUCACAGUGCCUCAAAAUUACAGGUUUGGGAGCUGCAGAAGUGUCAGAGAGUUUGAGAAACUCAACCGAAUAGGAGAAGGAACCUACGGCAUUGUGUACCGUGCCCGCGACACCAAGUCAGAUGAGAUUGUAGCCCUGAAAAAGGUGCGAAUGGACGCAGAGAAAGAUGGGGUCCCCAUCAGCAGCCUCAGAGAGAUCACCCUGCUGCUGAGGCUGAGACAUCCCAACAUAGUGGAGCUGAAAGAGGUGGUUGUCGGCACUCAGCUAGAAAGCCUCUUUCUGGUGAUGAGUUACUGUGAACAAGAUCUGGCCAGUCUGCUGGAGAACAUGCAGACACCAUUCUCAGAGGCGCAGGUUAAGUGCAUCGUUCUUCAGUUGCUCAGAGGUUUGGAGUAUCUCCACCACAACUUCAUUAUUCACAGAGACCUGAAGGUGUCUAAUCUGCUGAUGACAGACAAAGGCUGCGUAAAGAUUGCUGAUUUCGGUCUGGCCCGGAUGUACGGCAUUCCUCAGCAACCCAUGACACCUCGAGUAGUUACGCUGUGGUAUAGAGCACCAGAGCUCCUCCUAGGGACGAAGACUCAGACUACGGCUCUGGACAUGUGGGCAGUGGGCUGUAUCCUGGCUGAGCUGCUAGCCCACAAACCUCUGCUGCCUGGAACCUCUGAGAUCCAGCAGGUCGACCUGAUCGUUCAGCUGCUGGGAACACCCAAUGAAAACAUCUGGCCGGGUUUCUCUCAGCUUCCCCUCAUCGGUCAGUACAGCCUGAGGAAGCAGCCGUACAACAACCUGAAGAAUAAAUUCACCUGGCUGUCUGAUGCUGGACACAGACUGCUUAACCUGCUCUUCAUGUACAACCCCCAGCGCAGAGCUACUGCUAAAGAUUGCUUGGAGAGUUCGUACUUCAAAGAGAAACCUCUACCCUGCGAACCAGAGCUGAUGCCAACAUUCCCUCACCAUCGCAACAAGCGAGCGGCUCCUCCAGCAGAGAGCCACUCGAAGAGGAGCAAAGUGUGAAGAAGCACUGGACUUACAGGCACACCUCUGGUGGGAAAAUGGCCACAUUCAUGAAGAGCUUUUACUGUGGAUCUUUGAGCUAGUCCAAACCAGAAUCAACUUCAGCACAGUUGUAGUGAAACAAAGUCAGACAAGCUUAUUGCUGGACUGUUAAAAAAAGGAACACAGAGUCUACAGCAAGCCGUCAAGAAAAGGCUGGAAGUACAUCCUGCUGUGUGGAUCCAACGGUGUGGUCUGAGAGCACAGCACAUUCACCAAAGAAAGAGAAACGGCCUCGUUUUAUAUUUUGUGUCUGAGUUACCGUUUUUAAUGGCAAAUAAGAUGCUCCAGUUACGAGAAGAAACUUCAUAAUCGCAAAUUUUACUCUCAUGGUUACAAGAAAAGCUUUGAUUAAAAUUGAAUAAAAAACUUUAGUAGCUUUGCAUGGUUCACAGUUCAAAAUAAUCCUUGUGUAUCCUCUCAGUUCACCCUAUAUCAGAAACAAGCUGUUUUAAUUCCUCUGCCUUUUAACUCUUUCACCAGUAAAAACAUUUGACAACCUCCUCUGUACCGUUAGUGACACCUCAAUAUAUAUAAUAUAAGAUGUGGUGUGAGUAGCCUUAGUAAGCUAUGUAGGUGGCGAUCACCCUCAUUAACUUCUGAUUCACACCCAGCCCUUAAAAUAUGACAGAAAGGACUGAGUUCAGAAAAGAGAAACAAGUGUUUACCCCUAGUAGGCAUCCAAGGGGGAAAGAGCUAAGCCAGCUGUCUUCUGAUUGGCCUUUCCUUCAUUAACAGACGGUCUGAAAAGCCGGCUGCGCCUUAGACGAACAUAUUGGGGAUAUUCCCUCUCUGACAUCAUAAAUGUCCCUGUUGAGAGCAGCUUGAAGCCUGAGCUUUUGGCAUAUUCUUAUUUGAAACUUUGACAAUGUUUAAUUUGAAUUUAAUAAAGUUUAAUGAACGUCUAGAACAGGAACAGUGUAUAAAAAUAUAAAAAUAAGGAUGACAGAAUAGCCAUUCUGAUCUCAUGAAUAUGUGAACAAUAUCUAAAAAUGACAAAAUAAUCCAUACAGCAUUAGCCACUAUUUGGUCCUGUGAUGGACAAAAACUGUCUUGUUAUAAUAAUGUCCUUUUGCUCACUGACAUCAAUAAUAUCCCUCACUCAAACCAAGGAGAUAAAAGCUGCAUGUUGUGACUGUGUAACGCUUCUGUCUUCUCAGAUAGUGGUGACCUUUUCUUGUAAUUACGAGAUUAAGGAUGAGGCCUCGCUUUCCUUUUUUUUUUUCCAGCAGUGAAUGUAGUGCUAUAGUGUACAGACACCCUGACACAUUACACAUCAGUCUCUGUGGAUGUGCUGUUACAAUUAUCUCUGCAGCUCUGUGACCAGGAGCUUUGGGGUCUUUGCUUGAGUGCUGUCUACAGCUUUAUAGCCUCCAUGUUAUUCUUGUUGAUGAAUUUAGGAUUAAUUUAAGAAUAUCUGCCUUUAAAGUCUUUGAUGCACAAUAAAGAAGAUCUCAGGUUUGAUCCUCACAGCUGUCAGACA